AUGCCGCUGCUGGGUAUCUUUUCUAAGCGGGACAAACACCAAAGCUCGCCAGAGGAAGCGGCAGGCGUGGCAAGUGUUCACUCCCCUAGCGAGUCCGACACGGCAGACUCUGAAUAUAUCUUACCGACAUCAAAUGUCCCGGCUUCUCGCAACGGUCAUAACAUUUAUAACGGUCCUGCUGGUGCCUCGUCAAGCAAAUUGAAGUUGCCGGGAUUCCGUCGAAAGGGACAUGGGAGUCCCGCAGUAGUCUCGGCGAAGAACGUUGGGAACGCUGCACGCGAUCCGAAGACUUGUGCCCUUUCCAGCGCCGCUUCAGAGGCAGACUUAGACCUUCUCAAGGUCCCACUACCGGAUAAAAAGUCUCUUUUCGCGUCGCCCGCGUACGGCGACCCGCAUAGCGCACGCUCGACCAGGUCUCUCCCGAACGAGCGGGGCCAUUCGCGCCAACCUUCCCAGGACUCGGUCAAGACGGACGUUAUGAAGAAACCGAAGCAGUUGCCCUCCCCUUUUGUCCCCAAGGCUGACAAAAAGUCCGGAGGAUUGUUCUCCUGGGCCACUCGCGAGCGGACAAAGUCGAAGCCAAGCCGCCCUCCCUCGCCACCGGUGGAGUCGUUCAACCUGAAGUCCUUCCGCCACGUAGGCCCAGCAGAGUCGCCGUCCGUAUCCCCUCGGCCUGUCUCCCCUGCACCAUCGAUACCCUUCUCUCCCACUCCUCCGCCCCGCCCGAGAGGAAACAGCGUGGCAUCAGAGUCCUCCCAACGCAUUUCCGUUGCCGCCUUUCGAGAGGCGCAAGCUCGCCGAAGCGCAGCCCCUUCACCAGUCCCGUCGUUACGACCCCCAUCAACGCUUGAUCUGCCCCGACCACCGAUUACCCCGAACCAGUCACCUAGGGCCUCCGGCGUACAGCCUGCGGGUCCCCGUGCUCAGUCCCGUCCUCCUCCACGUAGAUCGACUGCGCCUGCAAUACCCACCAAUUCGUCCUCAGAAGAGGAAGAGUCCGAGGAGGAGGAAGAAUCUGAUUCGGACGCUGAAGCCACGUUGCGUCCUGGCCGUCAAAGGACCAUCACGCAAAGAGCCCGCUCAGAGCUUGGGCAUAGAUCACCUGGUGCUUCAUCGAACAAGGUGAAAAAACAGUCAUCUGGCAGCAAGUCAGAGCUCGGUCACGGCCAGAAUCUAGUCGUAUCACCCCCGUUACGGACAGCGCGUAGUCGUUCUAGUAACUUCGAGGAGGGGUCUCCUGCUUCGUUCAAUCGUGUUCGACGAUCAUCUGACAUGUCUUCCAUGACACCUGUGCCUGCUACCAAUCAAGGUCCAGAGACAACUAGAGGCUCCGCAGCGGUUCACGACUCUUCGGAGACAACGUCAAGGUCGGCCAUCUCGGCGCACCAGCGGCAACCUGCACGGAACGCUGGCACGUCGGAUUCGGAAAGUUCACAUGAAGACGAUGAGGAUGAGGAUAACGCCCCUCUAUCCAGUCUCAUCCAGCCCAAGCGGCCUGGGACUGCCAUGUCUGGUAACAGUGCUACGACAUCCGCUUCGCGCGCGAGGAAGCCGUCGCAGCCGCCCCUUAUCGACGUCUCUUCUCUCGGACCUUCACCUCCUCUACCGCACAAGAAGGACGAGGAACAGUCGUUCACGAUGUCGCCUCUGGCGUUCUCGCCCACGAACUUGACGGAACGUCUGGCUAAUCUGACUAAGGGACUGGGAUCAAAGAGUACAGAUAAUCUGCCGGCUCCUCAGAGGGACCCUGCGACUGCAUCCGCUGCUGCUAUGCCGCAGCCUCAGCCCAAACGUGCUGCGACAAUGUCACCGGUAUCCGAUGAUGCCCUCGCAGAUAUGUUCUCUUUCAGCCCUAUACUUGCCAAAGCCGAUUCUGGCCCGUUGGGCACUUCUGAGCCCAAGCUCGUCAGCAGUUCUCCGGAGUCUAUGUCUCCUGUCAGUAGUCCUGUAGAACAGCCGGAGGCGAAGCGUAUCGUCCCGACUCCAGUGAGACAGCGAGAGCAGCCUCCCUCGUUCAGCGUCACGUCCCGACCCAGGUCCACCCACACUCUGUCUGAGUCGCAUCUGUCACCACCGGAAUCGAAGCCUCCGCAACCCGUUCCGCGCAUGAACUCUUCGCAUUCGUCGUCAGGAUCUUCCCAGCCCUCUACCGUACGACCGCCUACUCUUAUAUCGCUCAUUCCGCCAGGCUCAGGUUUUGGAAAUACCCCAGUCCCCAAGAAACCGUUCGCUGAGCCGCGGCGCGGAAACAGUCCCGCAAGCUCGACUGGUGAUUCUAGCAGCGGUAGGGCGCCUUAUACCCCCCGCGACGGGAGUGAUUACGGGAACGAUAGAGCUUGGGAUAGCAAGAGCGUAAGCAACGUCAGCAGCAAUGUGGAGGCGGCCCGUAGACGGGGUCAUAGGAAGAGCUCUAGUGUGACUUUCGAAGAUGAGGUCCUGCAGGCGAAGGAUCAGGAGCGAGAGAGAGGUCGGCCGACGACAGUUACGAAGGAGAGGGCGGAGAUGACGGAUAAGGAGGCUGAGCAGAAGAGGCGUGAGCGUAGGAGGAGCGAGGCGAAGGCCGCGAUUGAGCUGGGCAACUUAAUCAAUGGCCGGGGACCUAUCGAUAACGACGACGAGGAUGACGAAGACGCGCCCAUUUCACAGAACAUGCCGCCCAGGAUGAAUAUGCUGAACCCCUCUAACCCCAUGAUGGGUGGUAUGCCGAGUAUGAACUUCGGUCCUUCCCCCUCGCAGCAGAUGCCAUGGAUUCCUCCUACACAGAUGCUCACGCCACAGGUUACGGGUAUGCUGACUCCCCAAGCUUUCAUGGUCCCGCCUCCGCCUAUGGGAGCCGAUCCGAACUACCUAGCUGCACACGAAAGGGCCAUGAUGAUCGCCAAGCAGACUUACCAGAUGGCUGUUGCACAGCAGGCCAUGGCCGCUGCAGCGGAGGAGUGGGAGAGGAGUUCGACGUACGCGGGGUCUACGUAUGGCGGUGGGUCGAUGUACAACGGCGGGAUGGGCAUGGGCGGUCUCACACCUCAUUGGACAGGUGGUAGUGUCAUGUUCCCUUCCGGCGCGCGCUCUGUUUAUGGUGCUUCGAGUGUCAUAGGCGACGAUGCGAGCGAGAUCGGCGGUGGUGGAUGGGGCUCAAGGAGUGUUUAUGGAGAGUCAUUUGGUCCGCCUCGGAACCCCAUGAUGUACAACGGACCGGGGCAGGGUUUCUAUCCGCCUCGCACGGAGUCCAUGGGCCAGUUAGCCGCUCAGCAACAGGCGAACGGAAGAGCUGGCGCAAGGCCGCGGACAAAGUCCUCUCCUCACGAGCAAGUCAACUCCCCGCCGAGGUCUUCCGGACAGCCAGGCAAGAAGGCGCCUCCGCCAUCGAGCUGGACGCAGCGGUAUCAGACUGCUCUGCGUGACGGCUCAUAGCACUCGUAACAUUUAGUUUCUUUUUCCCCACUAAGUUAAUCCACAAGGGCGCCCCCAGGUUGAAGUUAUGGGCUUUUUGACGAGCAUCUCUCAUUUAUUAUUCUCAAUUACAGCAACGGACUUUCCCCCGGCAUAAUCAUCCAAUCCUUCAUGCACUAUAUAAACAUCACCGUUCAUUCACUUCCUCCGCUA